AUGAUUAAUUUACGGCGGCUACCAAUUCUUCUUGGCUCGGCAUUACUUUUAAUUUCUUCCACAAAAGCUGCACCUACCCACGAGGGCCCCAUCGAAAAACGCGAUGAUGAUGCCAGUGCUCUGUGGACAUGGCUACACUUCCAGGAUUGUUCUUCUGAUCAACAGAAGGCGAUCAAACAGGCGCAUGAAGAUGCAGUUACAAUGGCUGAGCAUGUCAAGACCAUUGACUUUGGCAAUGAUCCUGGCGCUCUUGACUACCUCGGCCCAAGCGCCCUGAACAAGGACUGGCAGAGCAACAUUCAGUCCGUGUUCGAGCAUAUUUCGACUUUCCGACUCAGUGGCGUCUGGCCUGGCUACAGAAUGAAUGCUCGCUGUGGCUCAGCGAACGAUGCGAAGUAUCAGAACCGCUGCAAAAAGCAGGGUGUCAUUGCCUAUCAGUGGAAUACCAAGACAGAUGCCGCGGAUCCGAACACUGCGCCUAGCUAUGAUAAGGCGGAUGCUGUUUCCAACAUGCAUUUCUGCGAGCAGUUCUUCUAUUACAAGAAGCUGGAUGACGCUGUUAAUGAUGUGAAGGAUAACGACAACUUCAAGUGGAGAUAUGAUGUGACGAAGUACAAGAACCAAGCAUACAUUAUUCUGCACGAAUUCAUGCAUGCUACAGUCAUGACCUACUCACAGAACAAAAAUCGUCGAAUCAAAGAUCUCAGCAUGUAUGUAUACGAAUACAAGCGGCGUGAUUCUGAUCGUGGAUAUGAUCGGAAGAAGGUCAAGUGGGAUGUUUAUCAGCCGCUGCCUUGCAAGAUUCUGGCACGCACUUCCAGACAAUACAUUGCCCAAGACGGGAUUACCAUGAACGCGGACAACUAUGCACAAUAUGCCUUAGCCAAAUACGUACAGUCUAAACUAGACGGCAAUCAGUACCCCUGGCUCCCCCUUGCCGAUCGUGAAGCUCUCGAUUGGGAGCCCAAGACCAGCGCCAUGUUCUUGACAGAAGGCAACGGAACAUUCGGCGUCAACGGAGGCGAGCUUUCAGCAGAUGGCUUCACCACUAACGACGACGGAAGCUAUAUUGCCAACGACCUCGAUGACAGCAACAUUAUCACACUCUCUGAUCAGGCCGAUACCGACACACUCGCGCCGGAUACAGACUUCCCUGAGACGUAUAGAAACCAGAUGCGAGAAUUUAGCUCUUAUGUCAAUACUCCCGACGCCAAGUGCGCCAAGUCAGGCGGUAGCAACCCCUCGGGCCGGUCGGCAUUCAGUGUCUCUGAAGCCGAUGCAAAGAUCAAAGAUUUCUGCAGUGAUACGAAACUUUAUAAUCAUGUUUUCACUCCACCCAUUGAUCAGGGUACUGGACAGACAAAGGACGGGAAGGGAAAGGCUCUCGGUGUAAGCGGGAGUUACAGCAUCAAUGGUGGUAAGGACAAGCUAUGGAUUGGUGCCUACUUUGCCUCUGGUAGCUGCAUGGGAAUGACUACAUGGCCGCCCAAGGGUGAGGGUCUCCGCGACACUGACAUUUGCAUGGACCGAUUGCGUACUAUCAUGAACGGGUGCGAUACCUCGACGACGGACCAGAAAUAUGGCGGAAGUCUCCAAGAAGUGUGCCUGGUAUACCAACUGAUGGCAGUUGGCAGCGGCGAGUCUGAUCCAACCGGUGUCGGAUCCAGUGGCGAUCACGGCGAAGUUAAGUGCAAAGACACCGACACUUCAAUCCUCGGUGACACCUUCAAGAAUACCUGCACUUGCUGGUACGAGAAGCUCCCCGACCAGACGGAUAUUUUCGGCAUGCCCAAGUCAGGCGGCUGUGGCUCGAUCAACUUCAUGCCAGCCUGGAGCUACUCUGAAGAUCCGAGCUACCAGCCGGAGGACAUUAAGCCAGUUGCCACUAUAACUGCGUCUAAGUAA